CUUGCUUACACACCAACCCCACUUUCGUCUUCUUUCUGCCAUUCUUCUUCCUCAUCAUCAAGUAAAGGAAACCCUGAUUGCUCUCUCACUCUCACUCGACCAAUUUGCUUUGGUAUCAGAUAAGCAACAUAGUUUGAGCGAGCCCCGACUAAUAAUCGAAAAGGGCUGAAACAUUUUGGUUGUCCGGGCAUCAACCUGAAAAUCAGAAUUAAUGGGAUUCAUGCUCAAGCUGAAAAAGUUAAAGAAUUCCAAAAUGAAAGGUGGGCGGCCUCUUACUAAAUCUGAAUCUAAAUCUAGAUCAGUACAGCAGCAAGAUGUAGCUCAUCCCCACUUUCAGUAACUUCAAAACCCACUUUCCUAGUUAGAGCUUAAAAAAAUAAGAGGAGGCUGAUAAUGUUUGAAGGGGAAAAAGGAGUCUGCUGCUGAUGAUGAUAAUGAGUAAAUUAGCAGAUGAAGAAGACGAUUUGAGUAAAUUUCCAGAUGAAAUUGUUGCAUCAAUUAUGUGCUGGUUGGAUACGGAAGAAGCAGCAAGAAUGAGUGUGGUUUCGAAGCGAUUACGAAAGAUUUGGAAAUCUACGAUUCAGAAUACACCUAGGUUGGCUUUCAAUGUUGAUUAUAAAUUUGCAAAAAAAUUGUCUGCAGCACACAAUGAUAGAUUGACUCUCAAAUUUGAGAAUGAUGAUGAUGAUAGUGAUUUAAUCAGACGGUACUCCAGUAUCAUAAAUGAGAUGAAAGUGAGGGAUUUAAUGAGAGACAAAAUCAUAAAUGAGGUGAAUGGAGUAUUGGAAUUGCACAAGGCACCAACUUUGGAUGAGUUUUCAUUAUUUGGUGAUAGAUUGAUUCGGAAGCAACGUCAUCAUAUAAACACAUGGGUGCAUUUUGCUGCCAAAAAACAUGUCAAAAAGCUCACUCUGCAUCUUAACACUGCUAUUCGUUACGAUGCUACUUUUAUUGCUGAUAAAUUUCAUUGCCUCAGGGAUUUGUAUAUCAAAGGGUUAUAUGUCACUCAAAACGUUAUUCGCAGUUUAUUCUCUAACUGUCCAUUUCUUGAACGUUUUUCUCUUCUGCAUUCCUAUAAAUUUGAUAAGUUGAAAAUUAUUUCUGCUCCCAAUCUCAAAUACUUGCAUUUGAGUGACAACUGGAAUCUGAGACAAUUUAAAUUCUCCUCUGCAAAGAAUGUUCUUGAUACAAUAGAAAUAGGAGGAGGUCAGUAUCCUUUGCUAACCAUCGACGUCUCUGCUCCAAAUCUUUCUCACCUAAACCUUGCCAUCCAUCACUGCUUCAAAUUUGACCCUUAUCUGACUCUACUUAAUCAAAUCAAAAGACUUGCUCUGCGGAUUGGAUCGGAUCGGUCUCUUCUUCAAUUUCCUCAGUUUAGUAAGGUUGACCAUUUGGAAUUGAUUCUGUCUUCCAGCUACCAAAUACCAAUUCACCUUUUGCCUGAUUUUCUCAAGACAGCUCCUCUCUUGAAUACUUUGUCAAUCAAGUUCUGCAGACUACGACAUCCUGCUAAAGAUAAUUGCUUAAAGUGGUUGGGUAAACAUAUCGUUGAGAAAGUGGAGGUAAAUCAUUCAUGUCAAUACAUUAAGGUGGUGAAGUUGGAUGAUUUUGCUGGGUGCCAAGAUGAAAUUGAGUUUCUGUUGAAUUUACUCUAUACUGUCUCAGUGGAGAAAAUAAUAAUUCAACUUAUGCCUUUUACUGUUUGGAGAAACAGAAAAACGUGGUGGUGCUACGAAGAUGAAUUUGAUAAUCUAUAUGAAGAAUUCUGUCAAGGGUCUGGUCAGCUACUGAAAAUGAAAAUACUGCAGAUGCAUCCUAAUGCAGAUGUAACUGUAAAAUUAUGAUUAGGUACAAACCGUGUUUUUAUUAUUUAUGACUAUCAUUCAAGGAAGUGAUUAUUAUUAUUUUCAUAA